CUGGCAACGCCGCGUCUGAAGAGGCUUCAAAUGGGGCGACCUGGCACUGGCUGCCAUCUUUAUUUCUGGCAAGUCGGCUGACUUUGGACGGGAUCAGGGCCAACACCUGGGUACUAUCCCGUUUCUCUAGGGAGGCCGUGAGCCCCACCCCUCACACGUUUCCCAGGGUAUAGAACCGCUUCGCACGGAGGACGUGAUGGCUCCCAAGAAGCGCCCAGAAACCCGGAAGACCCUCGAGGUGGUUGUGCGCCCCAAGAGCAACAGGAGCAGAAGCCCCCGGGAGCUGGAGCCCGAGGCCAAGAAGCUCAAUGUGAAGGGCCCCGGUUCUAGCAGAAGAUUUGACUCAGGCUGCCUUUGGGUAGAGUUGGCUGGCCUGCGGGUCCCGCCACCGUGCAGGGGCAUCGUCAGGGCCCUCCAUCACCAUAAGCUGGGCAGAGGUGCUUGGCCAUCACUACAGCAGUGUCUCCAGCAGUCCUUUUUGCACUCGCUGGCUUCUUACCGGAUAUUCCAUAAGGCUGCCCCAUUUGACAGAAGGGCUACAUCCUUGGCAUGGCACCCAACUCACCCCAGCACCCUGGCUGUGGGUUCCAAAGGGGGAGAUAUCAUUCUCUGGAACUUUGGCAUAAAGGACAAACCUACCUUCAUUGAAGGGAUUGGAGCUGGAGGGAGCAUCACUGGGCUGAAGUUUAACCCUCUCAAUACCAACCAGUUUUUCGCCUCGUCCGUGGAGGGAACAACGAGGCUGCAAGACUUUCAAGGCAACACUCUCCAAGUUCUCACCAGCUACAAUACCUGCAACUUCUGGUUUUGCAGCCUGGAUGUGUCUGCCAAAAGCCGAGUGGUGGUCACAGGGGACAAUGUGGGGCACGUGAUCCUGCUGAACAUGGACGGCAAGGAGCUUUGGAAUCUGAGAAUGCACAAAAAGAAAGUGACCCAUGUGGCCCUAAAUCCAUGCUGUGAUUGGCUCCUGGCCACAGCCUCCGUCGAUCAAACAGUGAAAAUCUGGGACCUGCGCCAGGUGAAAGGGAAAUCCAGCUUCCUCUACUCACUGCCGCACAAGCACCCUGUCAAUGCAGCUCAUUUCAGUCCUGAUGGAGCCCAGCUGCUGACCACUGACCAGAAGAGUGAGAUCCGGGUUUACUCUGCCUCCCAGUGGGACUGCCCCCCGAGCCUGAUCCCACACCCUCACCGCCACUUCCAGCACUUGACGCCCAUCAAGGCAGCCUGGCACCCUCGGUACAACCUCAUUGUUGUGGGCAGAUACCCAGAUCCUAAUUUCAAAAGCUGUAACCCCUAUGAAUUAAGGACAAUCGAUGUGUUUGAUGGAAGCUCAGGGAAGUUGAUGCAUCAGCUCUAUGACCCAGAAUCUUCUGGUAUCAUUUCGCUCAAUGAGUUCAAUCCUAUGGGGGACACGCUGGCCUCUGUGAUGGGUUAUCACAUUCUCAUUUGGAGCCAGGAGGAAGCUGUAAUGCGGAAAUGAGAGACAUGAAUGAAGGUGUGGGCCAAGCAAGGGCUCGGAGCCACAUGAGGACAAGUCCUGUGAGAAGAGGCGGCUGUGUGUUAAAGGGUCAAAGGUAUCCAAGUCUUAGGGCUGGAGCAGGGAUGCUGUGGCAUGGGAUACUGUGGGGCUGGGACGUUGGUAUGUAUUGCUCUGGACUUAGCUCCAGAAAGUUCCCCAGAGUUGGCGACUCAGCUGCUCCAAGGGUCCCUGCUGUAUCUAGCUUGGAGCCAAGCUUUUCUCGGAGCCAAGGUACUUUUCUCCUCUCUGACGUGUGGUGGCAGUGUGAUCAGGUGGUGGUUUUUGAUUUGUACUCACUAUGGACAUGGCCAAUAAAACCAUAUC